AUGUCCCGCCAUCGCAACGUACGAAACCGCGUGUACUCAUACGAGGAUGAAGAGUAUGACGAACACUAUGACGACUGUGAGCCCAAUUCACCGAAUUCGAACGAAUUCAUGUAUCGUCGAGACUCACCCAGUCGUCAGCAGUCGGUCUUUUCGUUUGUAUCACAAGAUGAGAUGCAAGUAUCUUACCAUAUCAAUAAUGAAGAAGAUGCUGAAAUUCUGCAAGUUUUGGUGCCUCAAGUCCAACAGGUUGUGAGCAGUAAUAGGUUCACGUACGACGAGAUCAUUCGAGAGCUUCGUAAUGUAAAUUACGAUCUAGAGAAAGCUGUUAUGGCUCUACUAGAAACACAGGACAAGACUCCAGUGGUUACGAUGAAUCGUGUAUUACCAUUGCAAAUUCAGAUUCCAAAACUUGAAACAGUGGCAAGGACUGUUGAGAAUGACGAGAUUCAGUCAAAGAAGGAAAUUGUCAUGCCUGCUCCAACCAAGGGCAAAGUUAUGGCUAUUGGUGGUGGUGCAAUGUCGUCACCAUGUUUGAAGAAAAUAGAUGACAACGAGGAGAAGAAGUCUGUACGUGUAUCGGUAGCGGAUGCAAUCAAUGUCGUAUCUACAAUCUCACGGACACAGACGCAGUUUACACCAGCAGAGAAAAAAGCAUUUGAGCGUAUUGAGAUGAAGACACAGGACAAAGCGGUAGCGCUCGAGGAGAAGACGCGCAAUGGAGGUAAAACCAAGAUCAGUUUGGUAGUCAUUGGACACGUUGAUGCCGGCAAGAGUACGAUUACUGGCCACUUGUUGUACAAGUUGGGCUACGUGAGCAAAAAACUCAUGCACAAGUACGAAAAAGAAUCGCGUGAGGCUGGCAAGUUGUCCUUUGCAUACGCCUGGGUCAUGGAUGCUGACGAGGAGGAGCGUUCUCGUGGUGUCACUAUGGACGUGGGCAUGAGCUAUUUUGAAACGGCUACCAAGCACCUCACUUUGCUCGAUGCACCUGGACACCGCGACUUCAUUCCAAGAAUGAUUGCGGGAGCAGCGCAGGCAGACGUUGCUAUGCUGGUCGUUCCGGCAGUGACUGGCGAAUUUGAAGCAGCAUUUGAGAAUUCUGGACAAACUAAGGAACACACGUUGCUUGUGCGGAGUUUUGGUGUUUCGCAAAUGGUCGUGGCAGUCAACAAGAUGGAUAUGGUUAACUGGGAUAAGGAUCGCUUUGACAACAUUGUAAAGUCGCUGUCUACGUUCCUCAAGGGUGCAGGAUUUCAAUUAAAGAACUUGCGUUUUGUUCCGGUCAGUGGUAUUACUGGCGCCAACCUAGAGAAGACUGGCGAAAUCAAAGAAUGCUCGUGGUAUUCGGGUCAUUCGCUAGUCGAGGCGAUUGAUACCUUUGCUCCUCCUCAACGCCAGAUCUCCAAGCCGUUCCGAAUGACAGUCUCUGAUGUGUCGAAGUCGAUGAGUCUAGGACAAACUAUCACUGGUCGCAUCUAUGCAGGUGCUGCUGCAGUGGGCGACUCGUUCCUUCUGAUGCCAAUCGGACUUUCUUUGACGAUAAAAGGAAUGGAACAAGACGGCAAGACUUGUGCACUUGCUCGCGCUGGAGAUACGAUCGAGAUGGGAGUCGCCGGAAUCGAUCCGUUAGCAUUAACUACUGGGAGCAUCCUGUGCUCUAUUGCGUCACCCGUGCGACUUGCUAAGAAAUUUGAGGCUAAGAUUAUGACCAUGCCAGCAGUAGAGGUUCCACUGGUAAAGGGGACGUGCGUGACAAUACACAUGCACAACGUGGACGAGCCUGUUAACAUUACACGUUUGGUAAGCAUCUUGGACAAGACUGGUGAGGUAGAGAAGAAGAAGCCGCGUUGCAUUACCCGCGAGCGCUCGGCCGUAGUGCAAAUCACGUGUCAUCGCAAGAUCUGCCUCGAGGAGUUUGCACACUACCGUCAGCUUGGGCGCUUUACGUUGCGAGAUCGUGGGAAGACGCUCGCUGCUGGUAUUGUUACGCAAAUUAUCGCGUAG